AAGCGCUUGUCCUCGAUUUUUCGAAUCUAAUCGUUCACUUCAAGCCAAUCGUUGCUGUGUCUCCUGCUCUUCUCUAUCUACCACUAGCGAACUGUUCAUGCCUGAAGGUGUGGCCGUUGACGAGCGCAAAGCAAGCUUGCCGAAAUCUCUAUCCGAUACAGAGGUAAUUUUUUCGUGGACAAGAGCAUCUACGGAGUGCUGCGUAUGAAUACACUAACAUAUCUAGCCGAAAUCGUGUACGGAGCCUUCUUACAAUUCUUGAAGGUCGUGGCACCUCAACUGCAAAAAUCGCCUUCUGACCGAGGAAUUUUCAUUGAAGAUAUCAGCGCUACUGAGGGAAAAGCCGGUGAUCGAUUAUGGCUGAUGCUGGCAAAUUCGGUCGAAGAGACCCUAUCCUUGACAUUCAGUCUAGAAGACGAAGGAGUAUCUGCGUCUGAUGUUGCGCAGAAGCAAACGAUGUUCGCAUUUACCGUACCACAGCUUCCCUUCACACAAGACACCAUCGUUCAGCUUUGUCUAAAAAGUCAAAGCACGCAACUUAAUGUGCCAUUCACCUAUAAAGUCCCAAAAGACACCACAGCCGCCCAACUUGAGAGCCUCGUCGAAUUUGCUGCCAAUGGAGAGAUUUCCUCACUUAUCGUACCCUAUGCUAAUCAUAUUGGAGAUAAAGAUGCUGAAGGCAAUACGGUCCUUCACAUAUCCGCAAAGAAUUCGCAAAGUUUUGCGCUGAAACUGCUGCUGUCUGGUUUGCCCAAGGAGCAGAAAGACGAAGUUGUGAAUGCCCGCAACGUCCGUGGGCAAACGGCUCUGCACAAUGCAGUUCGAGCUGGUGAUCCGGAUAGUGUUCAUUACUUGCUUAGCCACGGAGCUGCCACGAACAUAUUAGACAACCACAAAAAUUCGGUCGUGCACUACCUUGCCGAUGCCUAUAAUGAAGCCAUAUUCAAAGAAAUACUGGAAACUCCAGCAUCAAGCGCAAGUGAUUUAGACGCACUCAAUGAAGAAGGCUUUUCACCGCUUCAUCUUGCUGUACGGAGACUGAAACUGACCCUAAUCGAGAUGCUACUCGAUGCAGGAGCUUCGGUGAACGUUCUCGAUCGUAGUUCGCGAUCAGCGCUCUUGCACGCAGUAAACAUGAAUGACAUCGAAAUCGUCCAAUAUCUGCUGAGUAAAGGAGCCAGUACGGACGUUGAAGACGAAAAUGGCGACACACCAUUACUCGUUUGUGAACACACGGCGAAUUAUGCUAUAAUGGGAGUUCUUCUCGACGCCGGCGCGGAUCCUAACAAGAAAAAUAAAAAUGACAAAGCAUUAGCUGACAGUGAAGAUGAAAUGGUGCAGAAAAUUAUUGGAGGGGAGAGGGUCGAGCUGCCCGAGAAGGAGGUGCCACUCUCCGCUCCAUCCGAUAUAACAACCACACGCUCUCCGCUCUUCGGUAGGUCAUUACCCAAUCUUUAUGUAAAUGAGGAUUCUGAGUCGCCGCGUCUGACGCCUUCUUACCGUUCGGAGGAAACAUCAAGGCAAACGGAAGAAGACCAGAACCAUGACGGCAAAAGGCGUCCAAGUGAUGACGCAGCUGGUGAAACCGACGAGUACCCUGAAGAUCUGCCAUCGACAAGUACUGGACCCAGACCGAGGAGAAGCAGCAGAUUUACUAGAGCUACCGCUUCAGCUUUAGAAGAUGACAUCUCCAGUUUGGAUUAUCUCACUCGCUUACGACUAUCGAAGCUUAUGGAUGAGAACGCGAAGUGGCAGCAGUUGGCAACAGAGCUUGGCUGUGGUCAUAUGAUUGAGCUAAUUUCGAUAUGUUCGGAUGACAGCAGUCCUACAAUGAUAUUUUUGGAUCAAUUUGAGCAAAUGCCAGAGGCAAAAAUUUCGCGGGUUCGCUCCGCUCUCAGCACACUACAGGAGGAGGAGUCUGUGAAACUUAUCGACGAGAGAUACAUUUACUAAUGUGAUUGUUUCUUUCUGAAAUAAAGCUAUUCUGGUGCUUCCGUCAGUCGCACAUUUGUUUCAGA